AUGAUUAAUAAUAAUAUCGACGAAGAAGAAGAUAAUUUUCUUGAUAAAAAUCUAAAAGAUAUUCUUAUAAAUACACUUCAAACAACAAAUGAAGAAUUAAAUUAUUUAGAAAAACUAAUAAAAAUUCAAAAGAACAAAAUAAAUUCAUUCGAUGGAAAUCGUAGUCAACCUUCAAUUGUUAUUGAUAAUUUUCUUUAUCAUGGUGAUUUAGGUCAUGCUAUUGAUAUGGAUUUAUUAUUAGAUCUUCAUAUUCAACAUAUUAUUAAUGUAUGUGAUUGUUCAUUAGAUGACCAAAUAAAACAAGUUUUUCAUGUUUUAUGGAUUAAAGAUUUAGAAGAUAGUUUAUCAAGUGAUAUUAGAAAAUAUUUUGAUCAAACAAAUCAAUUUUUAGAAGAAUGUAAAAUGAAAAAUGAAAAAGUAUUAGUUCAUUGUCAAGCAGGAAUAUCUCGAUCGUCUUCAAUUGUUCUCGCAUAUUUAAUCAGAUAUCAUAAUGAUAGUUUAGAAAAAGCGUAUGAAUAUUUACUUGAUCGAAGACCUAUUGCUGCUCCUAAUUAUAAUUUUCUCAUACAAUUAAUUCGAUAUGAGAAAGAAUUAAAAAAUAAAUCUCAACUUGAUGAUAAACAAAAUCCAAUAAAACCUAUUAAAGAUACAACUGAUUUUUGA